GCUUGCCAGCAGUGCAUAUGCAUCAGAAGUCAUUUUUUAAAGAACUGGCUUUUCUGAGUUUCUGUAACUAUUUGACAUUUAACUUUAUGUCGGCACGUGCCAAAAAUACUAUAUGCGUGCAGUUUAGAGACUGCCCGUACUGUAUCAGGUAUGGUUAAUGUUAACUGUCGUCAGUUGGAUUUGGUUUUGUUUGUAUUGAAUUCGUUGUUUCUGUUUGUAUACAAUGUGUCAAAAUAUUUUCUUUAUAUUCAGGUGCCUCAGAGUACACUAUAUGGAUAGCUAUCGGUAUCUUGUUUUCAAAAUGGAGCUUUAACUUCAGCAACGUUAACUUAUUUGAAAUGAAGCCAAGAAGUGCUACAAGGUCUUCAAGGUCUAAGUCGCAAGAUUCUAAGCACGAUAACAAUGGUCAAAAAAAGACACAAGAAAAACGGCAGACAACGUCUUGUACCAAACCUCUAACUGGAAAGGUGUUCUACUUGGAUUUACCGUCUAACAAACGAAGCGAAACACUCGAAAAUGACAUCCAAACGCUUGGAGGAACUGUUGAGAAGUUCUUCAGCAAAGACAUCAGGUAUCUGGUCAGCAGCAAGCCCGAGGCCCGUUAUGUGCAACGGCUGGUGCGGGAGUCUCCGGUCCCCAGCCCAGAGGCGACUCUCAGCUCCCCACACCCCAGCAGCAGCAAGGAGGGGCAGAGGAGCAGCUCCCUGGGGCCCACAGUUGCAGUGCGGGUCAGCCGAGGGAAGUCCUUGGUGGAGAAAGUGGUGAAGGAGCAGGGGCGCAUUAAGAUGAACAAGAUGUUGUCCAAUGCUCUGGAUUGGGGAGUGAAAAUCCUUCACCUUGAAGACAUGAGGGCAUAUAUUGAGAAGAAGAAACCUGUCAUUUCUGCACAGCAGAAGACAAACCCUCCUGCAAGCAAAAAAAAUGUUAAACCAACAUGUUACGGAAGGACCUCUCUUCAGAAACACAAAGCUAGCAGGAUCAGUAAACCUUUUGUGAAGGUGGAGGACUCAAGUAGGCGUUUCAGACCCCACUACCUCCACAUGGCCCAGAUGCCGGAGUGUAACUUAACUUCAACCCCGCCUGCCAGCCCUUUCCAAAUACAAAAGAGAGACUCCACACCUGGGCCAGAGAAGCAUGCCGGUAAAGGCAAACCCAGAGGGCGAGAGGCUAAAGAGAAGAGAAAGGGAGGAUACUGUGAGUGCUGUGGAGUCAAAUACGACAAACUCACAGCGCAUCUGAAAGGAGAACAGCACCGGGCGUUCGUUGCUGGCAAUCAGUACCAGAAGCUGGAUGCCCUCAUAGCACAGUUACCUUGGGUGUUUGCACAGGAGCCACCAACACAGAGGGUGAAGUGCAGUGUUGCCACCUCGCCCAUCCGUGUACCAGUCGUGAGAGACAGAACAGAGGAAGGCGGAGAAAGCAAAAAAGAAGCACACGCAAGACGAGAGCAACGGGGGCCGAGCUUGGGCGCAUCACGCUUGUCCCUGCGAAAGCGAGGCCGGGAGCCCCUCUCUGGAACGAACAGAGACGCGUCAGGGGAGGUCUGUGGUCUUCCGGAAUCUUCCAGGGUCAAACGGGGCACCUUCGAGUGGGAGUCCUGCCCCACGUUGUGGAGGGCUCUGGACGACGACUCCACUUUAAAUUCGGACAAAGUUACUGACACUGCUGCCGUGGAAAUGACCUCUGGGCCACAGCCGGUUGAGGGCAGGAAGCUGAGACACACCUAUCAGAGGAGAAGACUUACUCUGCGUAGUUGUCUUAUGAAUGACCAAAAACACACAGACACACUUGGCUCUGUGCCUAGUGAGGAAACAGUGACUUUAAGUGGACCAGGUGAGUCAAAACAGGACAGAGCUGGACAACAGGACUCAAUACAAGGCAAAUGUGUAGACACCACACAGCAGGAGUCAAAACAGGUCAAACCUGUAGAAAGCUCACAGCAGGACCCAAUACAGGAGAAACUUGUAGAAGUCAUGGAGCAUCAGCCAUUUAGAACUCUCAGGCCUGUAGUCUCAAGACGGCAGCGACAGCAGCUAGCUCAAACAAAACAGAGGCUUGUGGACCACGAGUCUGUACAGGCUCAAAAUGCCACAGACACCCCGAAUCCCACGCCAAACGCACUUGAGGAUGCAGCAGCGGACUUCAGAACAGCGGAAGCCUUCAGCCCCCUGCGGAGGCGAGUCAGGGCUGAACGGAGCUGGAGGAGAGGCUGGUCCCUCCUCCGGCCUCCAUCCCCUGGGUCAGUCACCGUGGAGGAGGAGGCUGGGGGCUCGGCCCAGCAAGUGCAGGACUUGUGGCAUCUCUUCCAGGAGAGCGAUGACCUGCAGGAGGACUUCCUAGGUUUUGCUGAUUAAAUGAGAAAGAUGGUUUGAAAUGGGGGGGGGGAUCUGAAUUAGUUUGAGGACCGUGCAGCAGGUAACAGGGAUUGAAGUGGUCUGUAGAAGACUUCAAACGUAUUCAAUGCUUCAGCAACUGGAAGAGCCUUCAAUGAAAGGGAUACACCGACCCCUGUAGGUUCAACCACAGGCAAUUACACCGGCCUUAACCAAAUGUGUUUAAUUGUCUUUGGACAUAUUUGAAUAUGUAUUCCUACAUGAAGUCCACAUUAAAUGAUAGGGAAUUCUUAAAGCCUUGUGGUCUGUUGAGAAUAUCCAAAAGUAAUGUGUGUAUUGUAACUGGUUUUCCAAUCACCUCUGUCAUAAGGUCUAUUAUGAUUUGCAAAAGGGUGUUAAGAUUUGCGAUGUAGGGACCAAGGGGAUGUUUAUUCAGAGGUGAGGAGAUAGUUUGAUUAACACAACAUAUUGUGGUUUAUACAACAGUACUGUAAACACAGAUUGACAGAUUUUAUCAUCAGUGAUUAAUUUGAAAGGGCAUUGAUCUGACUUGGUUGGUUUGGGUAUGCAGUGUUACUAUAUGUACAAUACUAGAUGUUUUGCUAAUCUUAUUAUUGUAUGCCCAGGAAAUGUUUCAGCGUUCAACACACCACAACUUCUGCUUAAUGUUGGCAGAAUCAGUUUCAAUCAAACAAAAAUAGCACCCAAAAAGUAACUGUAUAUAUACCCUACAUGAACAGCCUCACAGGGCUUCUUGGAGAUGAGGCAAUUCACUGGCAAGGCAUAAAGUCCCCCCCCCCCUAAUUCUGACCGGUUUAACUUGGGUGACAAAAAUGAGCAGGCUUAGAUAGACCCUGUAACAAUGUGUUUUGGUAUAACACAUUAUACCACACUAAAAAAUGUGAAACUGCUGGGAUCACAGACAAGAAUUCUCAGUAUUGGCGUUGACAUAAUCAUUGAUGGCAGAAAGCAUGGGAACACAAUUUCCUGCUUCCAUAUUCAUACCCCAUUAAAUGAAGACAUUCUACAGUGGUAUAAUCUAGGCCGUCUGGCAUGCUGUCGCACGACACUUAUGAAUGCCUUAAGAUGGCUGUUUUACUCUUCGUUUGAUCGGCGUUGCUGUGAUGUUUAUUUCUUUAGUUUGUUUUUUUCUUUGGGGAGGAAAGACCGCUUUAUUUCUUGGAGAUUUGCGGUUCUCGUUUGCUUCUUCAAAGACGUAAACUGGUAGAAAUGCUACUGGAAGUGUUUAAUUAAACCCACUGCAAAAUC